AGAGGCGGGGGCGGCAGCGCGCAUGCCCGGAAGUGCGGAGGGAGCGGGAGAGCGGAGGGGCCGGCGGAGAGUGGGGUGAUCUGGAGUGCGCCUCCCCACCAUGCGCUCCCUCCUCUUCCUCUGCGCCCGCCGCCUGGUGGGCCACCCCCGCGCCCUGCGCCGCGUCCUGGCGCUGGUCCCCGCCGAGCUCUACCCCGUCCUGUUCCGCGCCGCCUGCCUGGAUGGACGGACGCCGGCGCUGCCGCCCCUGCUGGCCGCCUGGCCCUUCCCCCUCCUCAGCUUCCGCCACCUCUUGGGUCACCGUCACCAUGACUGUCACCGCGAUUGUCACCUAGGGGACAAACCCAGCAAACCCUGCGUCCAGGCCGUCAUCCUGGCCGUGGUGGCGCAGCUGCGCCGGGCACUGGACGAGCCCUGCGGCGGCACCAGCGCCAGACGCUGCCGCCUGCGCGUGCUGGACAUGACGGGUCUCCAGGACGAUGACGCCGAGCGCGGCCCGGAGGGGAUGAGCCUUUGGUCCGGCACGGUGGCCUUGGCCAAAGCCGCCCUCGAGGUCUCCAAACACCACCGCGAGUGCCUGAAACGCGGCUCCAAACGCCACAAAGGUCCCUUGGGCGCCUCGGUGGCUCCGCAACCCGUCACCGUGGAGGUUCGCGCCGAUCUCUUCGUCAACGCCGCGUCCUUCGCCGUCCUCCGCGACGCCCUCCGUGCCGGCGCCGCCGCUCCCCUGCGCCUCAAAUGCCGCGACUUCCACGCCGAGGAGCUUUCGGUCGCUGGCACCGUGAGUUUGCUGGAGCUGCUGGAUCCCGCCGGUGUGCGCCGGGUGGAUCUGCGCUUCAACAACCUGGGCUUGGCCGGGCUCUGCGCCGUUUUGCCACAUCUCGCCCGCUUCACCCGCCUCCUCAGCCUCAAGCUGCCUUACAGCAACGUGGACGUGCGGCGAGCGGCGGCGGGGACGGACGCCGGGCUCCGGUGUCUCGCCGAGCAGCUGGGGAAGCUGCCGGCUCUCCGUGAGCUUAAUUUAGGCUCCUCCAGGCUUUCGGGGAAACUGAGGCAGCUUCUCAGUGACCUGCAGGCCCCACUGGAAAGUCUGGAGCUGCCGUUCUGCUCCCUCCUUCCCGGCGACGUCGCCUUCCUUUGCCAAAGCCCCCACGCUCCGGCGCUGCAGAAACUGGACCUGAGCGGCCACGAUCUCACUGAAAACCUUCUCGGACCCCUCGGGCGUCUCUUGGAAGAAUCUUCGGCCUCGCUCCGUCACCUGGAUCUGGUGGAGUGUCGCCUGACGGACGCGCGGUUGGAAGUUCUGCUGCCGGCGCUUUGCCGCUGCUCCCAUCUCCGGUGCUUGGGACUGUUCGGGAACCCCCUUUCCACCCCGGGACUCAAGACUUUGUUACGGAAAAUGCUGGUUUUGCCGGAUUUGCACCUGGUUGUUUACCCGUACCCCGUGGAUUGUUACAACCACGAGCUGCCGCAGCCGCUCCCCGGCUCCGGUUGGGUUUUUGAGGACGCGGUGGACGAGGAACGUUUGGCGGCGGUGAACGCCGAGCUGUGUCAGAUCCUGGUGAGUUCCGGCAGAGCCGACGCCGUCUGGACCACCAACCUCUGCCAGCUUGGAGCCCUCGACUACUUUGCCUUGUAACCAAAAACUUGUAGCAUUUGGUGUGUCCUAUGGCAGCUGGUGACGCGCCGCGGCCUCACCGCCAUCCCGCCUCAUCCUUCCUUUUAAAAUUUGGCGUUUCCGCCUUUUCUCGGUGUUUUUUCUGGCACCUCUUCCCUUUUAUUGUCACCGCGUCAUCAGCCACGGAUGGGCGUUGGUAACACCCGCCGGUGCCUUGUGUCACCUCCUUCGCCGAUUAAUUAACGCUGCGCAACUUGAUGAAUAAAUCGCCACCGCUCGCA